AUGGUCAAGUGUGACAUGGGAAGGAGAGGAUGGAAGGGACCCAACUGCAUCGGAUGCAGACAGAAGUGGCAGCUGGGCAUGGCUAGCGCCGUCACUGAACACCGGAGAGAAGAGGCUCAGCAAACCGAGGUCAGCGACGCCUUGGUCCACAGCACCCCAGGCAGCGGUAUCUCCGUCUGCGGCGUCCCCGUCAGCGGCGCCCCCGUCAGCGGCGUCCUCAUACACGGCUGGAGGCUGGACCUCGGAAGCUCCAGCCGCUCACGCAUUUGCUAUACAUACUCUGGGGUUGAAAGUGCACGGUCAGAGUCAGGGGGCAAGCCAGCUAAAAGAUCCACAGGUUCAUUGAUCUCGCAUCCAAACAUCAUAAAGUUUGGUGUGAAUCCUGUCGAACUGUGCUUGGUUGAUCUGUAG